GCGGAGGUAAAAUGCCCCACAGCUACUCCGUGCCACGUCCCCAGCCACAGCCAUGGAGUCAAAAUUCAUCCUGAUCGGCGUUUUGAUUUUUCUUAGCGUCAGCGUCUCUAACGGAGCUUCUGUUCACCUCAAAGGAAACACCACGGCAAAUAUUACAGAAGGUUUUACCAAUAAAACAGAGCCUUUCGAUGACCUUCUCGAUGCGUUCGUAAAUCUCAUCAGAAAAAAGGUUAAGAUGUUCAUUGGGACCAUUCAAGAAAAUCUUGAUGUGAAGAAGGGCAACUUGACGAGAGCCUUUUGGCAGGUUUUGACUCCAAGCAGUUGCCCCAGGCCUUUGGUUCCCAAAAAUGGAGGGUUAGUGUGUGUGCACGCAGAACACGUCGCAUUCUACUGCAAACCCAUGUGCAACCAGGGGUACGAUUUCGCCUUCUUGAGACGGAGCAGGUUGUAUGAAGAAUGCGGAAGGCAUACCGACUUUUCUUGGACGACCCAGUAUAUCGGCGGCAACAGAUUAGCGGAAUGCGUUGACUUUCCUUCUGCUGUCGCCGGAAAUUCCUCCGCUUAUUUUACCGACGAGACAUGUCAACAAGCCACCAGCAAACCAGAAGCGAGGAGGAAAUAUAAAAACGAAUUCAUAGAGGAACUGAAGCAAAAGAAUAUCAAAGUGAAGCAUAAGGAGGCCUUCAUAAUCUGCGGAGAAUAAGAAAAUUCUAAGAAAAUAACUCUUUUCGUGAGGGAUCGUGGGAAACAAAGGAUAAUUUCCCGAUUAAAGCCAGAAAAUAUAAAUACCAAUAAUUAAAUAAGUCAUGGGUGGUGUCUACCAUUGGAGUCUACCACCAUUAAUCUGGGUAUUCUUAUUAUUGAGGCUAAGCAGGUUCACGUGAAAUCCACCUGAAAUACAUUUUUGCUCCAUACCAGCGAAAUAAUAUUUGAUCUAUACCUUUACAUAUCAUUUUUAGAAAAAAAAAAUUAAUGUUUCUGCUCUAUACUUUUAGAUUACUGCUUGUUUGGGUCCUCAGGGGACCUGGAGAAUACAACACAAGCGCUUCCCUCAAAAGAUGUCUAAUACUUUUAUAUACGUUUAUAACGUUUUUAUCGUUAGUCUUCAAGCUCACGUGUUAUUACCAGACGAGGGCAGGUCGAUCAGAGUAUUUUAUAUGGUGAGGUGCUCUUGAGACUAUCAUCCAAUCACAGAUCAUCACGGAGCAAAGACAAUAAAUGUGAAUAAUACCAUCAAA